UGACGUCAGGAACCUUUACGUCAUGAAAUUGUUCUUUGACCCGGAAGUACAUUUGUUUAAGCUGUAGUCGCGGACAUUCUCUGUGAUGAGUGGGGACUCGGAUGGUCACAAUAAGGAGUUCCUUGAGCAGCUGCGACAGCAGGAGCUCUAUGGGAACAGGCGUGGGGAUGGAGACGACCCCUACACAUACGUGGAUCCCGAGGACGGAACCGUGUACGACUGGGACCACGAGAAGAAAGCGUGGUUUCCCAAGAUAACAGAUGAUUUCCUGGCAAUGUACCAUGCCAACUAUGGCUUCAACGAGAACCAGGAGGAGAAUGCAUCUGCUUCUGGUGCCCCGGCACCACCUAAGAAGACAGAGGAGCCCCCAAAACCAGAGAAGGCCAAAGACAAGGGAGAGAAGAGAAAGGCAGAUCCAGGCUGGUUUGAUGUGGAAAAGGACAAGAACACAAAUGUUUAUGUCUCAGGCCUGCCUCCAGACAUCAGUCCAGACGAGUUUGUGGAGUUCAUGUCCAAGUGUGGCAUCGUCAUGCGAGACCCCAUCACAGAGGAGUACAAGGUCAAGCUCUACAGGGACCGCGAGGGGAACCAGAAGGGAGACGGGCUGUGUUGCUACUUAAAGAAGGAGUCUGUGGCGCUGGCGGUGCGUCUGCUAGACGAGAGUGAGAUCCGGGGCUACCAGCUCCAUGUGGAGGCGGCACGCUUCGAGCUGAAGGGCGACUACGACGCCAGCAAGAAGAAGAAGAAGUCCAAAGAGUACCGCAAGAAACUCAAAGCGCAGCAGAAGAUGCUGGAUUGGCGGCCCGAGAAGAAGGCUGGAGAGGCGCGUAUGAGGCACGAGCGCGUGGUCAUCAUCCGUAACAUGUUCCAUCCCAGUGACUUUGAGGAAGAUCCACUUGAACUGAACGAGUACAGAGAAGACCUCAGAACAGAGUGCGAGAAGUUUGGAGAAGUGAAGAAAGUCAUCAUAUUUGAUAGGCACCCUGACGGUGUGGCAUCGGUGGCCUUCAAAGAACCAGAGCAGGCCGACGCGUGUGUUCAGGCGCUAAACAACCGCUGGUUUGGAGGCAGGCAGCUAUCCGCAGCCCUCUGGGACGGAACCACCGACUAUCAGGUGGAGGAGACGAGUCGUGAGCGGGAGGAGCGCCUGAAGGGCUGGGAGACUUUCCUGGGCGGCAAGGGAGGUGCAGCUCCUCCAGGAGCCCCUCCAGCAGGAGGAGCAGCGACUCCAGGAGCCCCUCCAGCAGGAGGAGCAGCGACUCCAGGAGACGCCCCGAAAAGCAGCGCAGCAGACACAGCCCCGACCUCCACCGCAGCGGUCAAAGAGGCCUCCAAUGGCGAGAGGGCAGUGACGACGGCCACAGCCACGACCGACACGCCUGCCCAGGGCACGUCGGGGGCCGACGAGGAGGAAGACCAGGGUGCUGACUCCACUGAUAGCAGCGUAGCAGGCACAGACGAUGAGGAGGAGGAGGAGGAGGAGAAGGAGGAGGAAGGGGGUGCUUAGAAUUAAAGGGACAUGUGUCUUUCUUCUCCUCCCUCCGUCAGCACUUGGUCCUGUCUCAUGUCAUUUUUUUUUAACUCUACUCGGAACCACACUGCUAAGACUCCUACAACAGUGACUCUUUUUGCCUCCCUUCCUUGGUGUGUCUGUGUUACACUGUUAAUCCCAUCAGAUUAGGAGAUCCAACCCCUGCCCAAAAAUCCUCUUGUUUGUGGAAUUUUGAGUAUACGUUUAAACUGUGCUUCAGUUUGCUUUUUUCAUGCCAGUGUCCUCCCUUUUGUGUCUUUGUCAUCUGUGGAUUUUUUUUUAAAUAAUUAAAAACAGUUCUAAAAUAUCGU